AUGCCUCAGUUUAAUGAGGCUAAAAUACAUCACCAGUUUGGAAAGCAGUGUCUGUUCCCAACCAUUGACAGCGGAACUGGGAACCCGAACCCAAGUAUUGAGAAACUACAUUCCGUCACCGUGGAACUGGAAGCUGGUCUAGACCUCUUUCAGCUGCCACGGAACAAACCACUUUUGGAGAUACUGCAGGGCGCCAGUGGCUUACUCGAGGAGCCUGGUUUAGAUGGCCGUCAUGAGUUUAAUACGGUCAUGGUGCAGAGACCGUUUUCAAGGACGGGCUCGCUGGGAAAUAUAGAGACGGAUGUUUUCUUUGGAAACGCACAGAUUUUUGUUGUAAUUGAAAUAGAGGAAACAGUCAGCAUCUCUAUUGACUGCAUGGCAUCUGCAUUAAGUGAAAAACAAGCUGAAAAAGUUGCCGGAACGCUCGGCCAGGCACUAUGCAAUAUUGUCCAUAAUCCCCAUAAAACCCUGAGGGAAGUUGAUCUCUGCAGCCCGUACGACAUGGCGCAGUUGAAAGAGUGGAAUAAAUGGUCACCUAUGGAACAUGACUCAUGUGUCCAUGACGUUAUUUAUGAGCAAUGUAUCAAGCAACCCGAAGCGCUAGCAGUCAGCUCUUGGGAUGGCGAUCUAACAUAUCAGGAACUCGACCGGCUUUCAUCACGCUUGGCAGUGCACCUGAAUACUCUAGGUGUUGGGCCCGAGAGAUUCGUCCCCAUCUGCGACGACCUCGAAGCCAAUCUGAUACUGGCCUCAGCAAUGCACUAUUCGACAGCUGAGAAACUCGAGCGUGAUGUUUUUAGGGUUGCGGACGCCGAGAUUGCUCGGAAUGCAAAUGAGAACCAGGACUACUCUCCAUCCGCAACGCCGCAUAACGCUCUGUAUGUUGCUUUUUCGUCUGGAUCAACCGGAAGACCGAAAGGCGUGGUCAUGGAGCAUAGAGCGUUCUAUGCAAAAGCAAUGGCAAUUGGGCCGGUACUAUCCUUAAAUCACAAGUCAAGGGUGCUGCAGUUUGCAAAUUUUGCCUUUGACGUUAGCAAUCGUGAUAUCCUAUUUACGCUGAUGUUUGGUGGCCGUAUCUGCAUGCCAUCAGAAUUUGACCGCUAUAACAAUAUUGGGGCGUUUAUGAAUCUCCAAAAGGUCAACUGGGCAAGCCUGACUCCAUCCACGGUCAACAUGAUUGAUCCAAACAGCGUACCCGACCUCCAACAUUUAGUCCUUGCAGGGGAGCCGAUGACACCGUUCCACGUGGCCAGCUGGGCAAAGAAGGUGAACUUAAUGAAUGCUUACGGGCCCUGUGAGUGUGCCACGAUCAGCUCUCUGCAAACAGCCAUCAGCCAAACCGCAGACCAUAUGAAUAUUGGACGGGGAAUUGGCUGCGUCCUCUGGGUAGUUGAUACGGAGGACCACAAUCAGCUGGCACCUAUUGGAGCCAUUGGCGAAUUGGUCAUAGAAAGCGUUAGUGUUGGCCGGGGAUAUAUCAGCAACCCAACGGAAACAAACAAGUCCUUUCUACAAAAACCGACAGCCUGGUUACACCAGUUUCGCAACGGGACAUCUGGGCGCCUAUACAAGACCGGAGAUCUGGUACGAUACAACCCAGACGGUACGCUUGUCUUCAUCGGCCGUAAGGAUGCGCAGGUAAAGAUCCGUGGGCAGCGGGUUGAGCUGGGCGAGGUUGAGCACAACUUGCAGCAGGGGCUUGUCAAUGGUGCCAGCGUGACAUGUGUAGCUGAGAUGGUCACACCACAAGGCAGCAGCAACCCAAUACUUAUAGCAUUCUUAGGUAUUGGCGAGGAGGCUAUCCAAUCCCCAGAUGAUACCAGAGCGGCCCUUGGAUAUCUUACAGAGGGGCUAGAGGACCGAUUAGCAGAACAGCUACCAAGAUACAUGGUUCCCAGCGCGUAUAUCCCCAUUGGGCAGAUUCCAAUGACAGCGACAGGGAAGACUGACCGACGGCGGCUCCGUGAGAUAGGCGGAUCGCUGACACUGGAGCAGCUAGCAGAACUGCAGCCGGCCCGCGGCGAACGGCAGACACCUGGAACGAAGAUCGAAUGGCGGCUGCAGCGGCUGUGGGCGUCAGUCCUAGGCAUCAACCGUCACAGCAUUGGGAGGGAAGACAGCUUCCUGCAGAUUGGCGGCGACUCAAUUGGAGCGAUGCGCCUGGUUGCAGCCGCGCGGGAGGAAGGUCUCUCAUUUACAGUGGCUGAUAUCUUUGAAUAUCCACGACUGUGCCAUCUGGCAGAGCGGGUAAAAACAGUAGAACACCAGGAAAAUACUGUUGCCCCAUUCACAUUACUUAAGGCGGGCGUCGACCAGGAUGUCUUAGCUCAGGCAGUGACGCAGUGCGGCAUCCACAGUGAUCAAAUCGAGGAUAUAUUCCCAUGCACGCCUCUUCAGGAAGGCCUCCUAGCAAUGACGGCAAAGCGACCAGGCAAGUAUAUAGGCCGGAGAGUGCUGGAGCUGCAGGAUGAUAUUGAUAUUACCCAGUUCAAGCAAGCGUGGGAGGAGGUCAUUUUGACAACAGCCAUCCUACGAACACGGAUUGUCGAUCUGCAAGAACAGGGGCUGGUGCAAGUUGUGAUUACGGAUAGAAUCGAGUGGAAAGCCAGCCAGGACCUUUGCGCCUACCUCGCCAACGACCAGCAGCAGCCUAUGGGGCUGGGGACAGCACUGGCGCGGUUUGCCAUGGUGGAGGACCGUGGGCGUGGCAAGCACUACUUUGUGCUGACAAUGCACCACGCAGUGUAUGAUGGUUGGUCCAUGCCACUGAUAUUAGACCAAGUCAAGCAAUCCUACUGGCAAGAGCAACAUGAUGCUCUAACACCGUUCCAGGGCUUUGUUGGGCAUAUCAUGAACAUCAAUGAGGAGAUGGACCAGUAUUGGCAGGAUCAACUGGCAGGAUCUGAGGCAGUGCCGUCCCCCAGUCUGCCAUCCCCAGGGUAUGAACCACAGGCAGACCAGACACUGCAAUACCAGGUCGCAGCACUCGAUUGGCCGCAGAAUGAUAUCACAGCCUCAACCGCAGUACGGGCGGCCUGGGCCAUUCUCGCAGCGCACUACACAAACUCAUCUGAUGUCAUUAUUGGGGCAACUGUGACAGGACGGCAGGCGUCUAUUCCUGGGAUUGAGCGAAUAGCAGGGCCAACCAUUGCUACGGUGCCGGUACGGGUGAAUGUUGACUGGGAGAGGAAUGUGGAUACCUUACUACAGCAGGUCCAGGCACAGGCGAUUAAAAUGACUGAAUUUGAGCAGAUAGGCUUGCAGCGGAUCCGGCGGAUUAGCCAGGACAUAGAGCAGCAGAGCCAAUUCCAGACGCUGCUUGUGGUGCAACCAGCCUCUCAGGCUGACACAGCGCGCAGAAGUGGCGAACUGUUCCAAGCCACAUUAGAUGGCAGAGAUAGUGAGGAUGCAGGCGGACUGGAGGCGUUCAACACAUACGCAAUGAUGGUGGUGUGCCAGCUUGAGCCGCAUGGAGUCCAAAUGCGGGUGAGCUUUGACUCCCAGGUGAUAAAGCAGGAGCAGGUGAAGCAGAUGGCACACCAGUUAGAGCACGUGCUCCAGCAGAUCUGUAAGACAGAAAUGGGCCAGCAGAGUGUGAAGGACGUCCAGAUGGCCAGUAAACAGGACAUUUGUGAUAUCUGGGAGUGGAAUGCCACAGUCCCAGUGACAGUAGAGUUGUGUGUACAUGACCUGAUUGCAGAGCGGACACGCCAGCAGCCAGAUGCACCGGCAAUCUGCGCCUGGGACGGGGAACUGACAUAUGCAGAGCUGGAUGAUUUGUCGACAAGGCUGGCACAUCAGCUGGUAAAGGUCGGGGUCAGCCCGGACAUGAUAGUACCACUGUGCUUUGAGAAGUCAAUGUGGAUGCCAGUUGCGAUGUUAGGGGUGAUGAAGGCAGGCGCCGCGUCAGUAGCAAUGGACACAACACAACCAGAGGAGCGGCUUCAAUCGAUUGUCCAACAGGUCUGCCCCAAGGUUAUUGUUUGCUCGGCAAAGAAUGAAGAUUUGGCAGGCCGGCUUGGUGUUAGUGCUGUGAUCACUGCUGAUAAAGCCAAUCUCGCCCAAUCAGAUGGGCCGUUGAAUACUCACCUCCCAGCUGUUGAGCCAUCCAGUAAUCUCUAUGUGGUAUUCACGUCUGGCAGCACAGGAACACCCAAAGGGGCUGUUAUCUCACAUAGGAACUUCAGCAGCGCCAUUGAGCAUCAGCAAAGCAGUCUCCAAUUCACCAAAGACUCUCGAGUGUUCGACUUUGUCUCAUAUGCGUUCGACGUAUCCUGGUCCAACGUCUUGCACACUUUGACUGCAGGAGGCUGUCUCUGUAUACCGCAUGACGAUGAUCGCCGCGGGAAUAUCAUAGAGUCCAUGAAUAAGCUACGAGUCAACUAUGCUCACCUUACGCCGACUGUGGCUCGCCUGUUAGACCCGUCAGAUAUUUCCGGUCUCCAUGUUCUCGUUCUUAGCGGCGAGCCAAUGAGCAAGGCGGAUGUGGCGCAGUGGAGGCCAUAUGUAAAUCUAUUGAACACCUAUGGGCCAGCGGAGUGCUCCGUGACUUCCACAGCCCAGCGAAUGGACAAGACAGAGCAGCUGGAGAUUUGCAUUGGGGAAGGCAUGGGAUGCAACACAUGGGUGGUUGACACCAUGGGAAGUGAUCAACUCCUUCCACUUGGAUGUACGGGAGAGCUGUUGGUGGAGGGUCCCAUUGUUGGAGUAGGAUACUUGGGCGAUCCAGAAAAGACAGCUGCCAGCUUUGUAGACAACCCACCAUGGCUGCUGCAGGGAGGCCCAGGUCAUCCAGGGCGACAAGGCCGGCUGUACCGGACCGGUGACUUGGUGCGGUAUAACUCAGAUGGCAGAUUGGUCUUUGUCGGCCGCAAGGAUGCACAGGUCAAGAUUCGAGGCCAGCGUGUAGAGCUCGGCGAUGUGGAACACCACGUCCGACAGAACCUCAUGGAAGGCAUUGAUACACCAGUGGUGGCUGAGGUGAUCAAGCCACGAGGGAGUGACAAUCCUAUACUAGUGUUGUACCUCGCCAUUGGCAAAGAAGCAAAUGCAUCUCUAGAAACUGUCCGUGCUGCGGUACGGAAACUGACGCAGGGGCUGGACAACAGACUGGCAGAGCAGUUGCCUGGGUACAUGGUGCCAAAUGCAUAUAUCCCAGUGGACAAAAUCCCAAUAAUGGCAACCGGUAAAAUGGACCGCCGCCGACUUCGCGCGAUGGGCGAGUCACUAACACUGGAAAACCUGGCGGCGCUGCAGCCAUCUCGGCAUAAAAAGCAACGGAAACCCACGACGCAGAUGGAACGGCAACUACAGGACCUGUGGGCUUCGAUUCUCCGAGUGGAUGCAAACAGUAUUGGGGCAGAUGAUAAUUUCUUACGAAUUGGGGGUGACUCAGUUGCGGCCAUGCGACUAGUGAGUGCUGCGCGUGAACGCGGGCUCUUACUAUCAGUGGCCGCCAUUUUUAGUAAACCACGGCUCUGUGACCUGGCUCUUCUGGUCGAGGUAGAUGGUCACCUUUCAGACGAUAUGAUUGCGCCAUUCUCGCUGCUAAAACCACAGAUCACCGAGGGCACCGCCCGGUUGGAGGCGGCGAGACAGUGCGAUGUUGAAGAGCAUGAAGUGGAGGAUGUAUUCCCUUGCACCCCACUCCAGGAAGGACUCUUAGCCAUGACAGUGAAGCGGCCGGGAGAUUAUAUUGGACGAACUGUGUUGGAGCUGCAACCACAUGUGGACAUUAGUCACUUUCAAAAGGCCUGGGAGGAUGUUGUCUCCAGAACGCGAAUCUUGCAGACACGCAUCAUCAAUUUACCAGGUCAGGGGCUGGUGCAAGCGGUAAUCAACGAGCAGGUACAGUGGACAGAGAGAGAAGACUUUGACACCUAUGUGAAUGACGAUGAACACAUUGCCAUGGGCCUGGGAACCGCCCUUGCUCGAUUCGGAUUAGUGAAGGGCAACCAUCCCCAUGUACUCUUUGUACUCACUUUACACCAUGCGCUGUACGACGGCUGGUCAAUUCCUUUAAUGCUAGAACAGGCCGUGAAAGCAUAUAAGGGUGACAGCGGAUCCAUCCCGGUGCCUUUCCAGGGCUUUAUCAAGCAUAUAACCGAGUUCAACGAAGGUGCAAGCCAAUACUGGCAAGCUCAAUUGGAAGGUUCAGAGGCAGCAUCAUUUCCAGCCUUACCAUCCUUAGGAUACGGAUACCAGUCCCGUGCAGACCAAGUGCUACACCAUCAUAUCCAAGCAGUCCAAUGGCCCCAGAAUGGCAUUACAGCCUCAACAGUGGUGCGCACAGCCUGGGCGAUUCUUCUGGCACAAUACACAACUGUGUCUGAUGUGGUAUUCGGUGCCAUCGUGAGUGGACGACAAGCACCAGUACCCGGUGUUGAGCGGAUGGCUGGGCCGACCAUUGCCACAGUCCCAGUACGAGUGAAGAUGGAUUGGGAGGCUAGUAUAAAUGCUCUUCUGCAGCAAGUGCAGACACAAGCCACUGAGAUGAAUGCAUUCGAGCAAACUGGUCUACAGCAAAUUCGGCGAAUCAGCCCCGAGACAGCACGAGGGAGUGAGUUCCAAAACCUGUUGGUGAUUCAACCAUCCUCACACCAGGAUAAGGCGUCUGAAGAAAACGGCGUUUUCAUAAGAUCAAGCAAUUAUGGUGAUGGUAUAAAAGGAUUGAAUGCAUUCACCACCACUGCAUUAUUAUUGGAGUGUCAGCUUGAGACGAACGGAGUGUCUGUGAAUAUCAGCUUUGACUCUAAUGUUAUUGAGAGGCAGGAAGUCCAGCGGAUUAUACAGCAGCUGGAGCAUGUGCUCUGGCGAAUUUGUGAAGGAAGUGAGCACUUGCAGAUUAAGGAUGUCAAUACCAUCAGCAAAGAAGAUAUUACAGACAUCUGGAAUUGGAACGCCCAAGUGUUUGCACCCAUCGAGGCAUGUGUGCAUGAUCUUAUUGCUGAAAAGGCCCAGCAGCAGCCAGACGCCCCUGCAAUCUGUGCAUGGGAUGGCAACCUCAAAUACAGGGAGCUGGAUGUUCUAUCGACACGGAAAAACCAGGACUUAGCAAAGCGUCUCCAUGCCGGCACUAUGGUUCUGGUUGAUGCAGAUCUUGAGCAAUUAUAUGGGUUACCUGACAGUCCCCUGCCAGUUAUAGACCCAUCCAGCAAACUGUACAUUGUGUUUACAUCUGGCAGUACAGGGACACCUAAAGGAGCCAUUAUCACACAUUCUAAUUUUAGCAGCGCUGUGACACACCAGAAAGAUGCAUUUGGCUUCACUGCGACAGCAAGGGUGUUUGAUUUUGCGUCAUAUUCCUUCGAUGCGUCAUGGUUCAACUUUCUCCACUCGGCUACAUCUGGUGCAUGCUUAUGCAUUCCGGAAGAGUCCGCUAGGAAAGACGACCUUGCCGCUGCCAUGGAACAGAUGGGGGUCAACUUUGUUCAGUUGACCCCUUCGACGGCUCGAGCCAUCGAUCCUGACACCGUACCAAGUCUCCAAACACUCGUCUUGGCGGGUGAGCCAGUCACGUCAAAGGACCUCGCCAUAUGGGGAUCAAGAGUCGACGUCAGGAAUGCCUAUGGCCCUGCGGAAUGUACUGUUGCGGCCACUGCUACCGUGAUCCGUGAUCACCAAGUAUCGAAUAUCGGGCGCGGUAGAGGAUUGAACACCUGGGUGGUUGAUCAAUCCGACAACGGUGGUCUUGUGCCCAUCGGAGCGGUCGGUGAGCUUUGGCUGGAAGGACCACUGGUUGGGCAAGGCUACCUGGGCGAUCUUCAGAAAACCGCCGCAAGCUUUGUGCAAGACCCGGCCUGGUUGCUCCAUGGAAGUCCUAGCCACCCAGGCCGAUGUGGGCGACUGUACCGGACUGGAGACUUAGUGCGGUAUGAUACUGACGGCACGCUUGUCUUCAUGGGUCGCAAGGAUUCCCAGGUCAAGAUCCGCGGGCAGCGGGUGGAACUUGGAGAGGUUGAGCAUUAUAUACGCCAGAGUUUCUGUGGUGUACAGGAUGUGGUGGCAGAUGUGGUCAUAUCAACAAAGGAGAAACGGCCGCCUACAUUAAUGGCCUUUGUUUGGUGCAAACAGUCAGGUGAAAGAAAUGACUACGCUGAUGCUGAUCAUGAUAGCAUAUUUACUGCUCCUGACCAGAAGUUCUGGUCAGCAGUCCAAGCGGGUGAAACGCAACUGCGUGAUGUUUUGCCAAGUUACAUGGUCCCAGCAGUCUUCAUCCCCGUGCAUCAUAUUCCAAUGACCGCAGCAGGCAAAGCCAACCGACGGUUGCUCCGAGAGCAGGCUGCUGUCUUGUCGCGACAACAACUCGAGGCCUACACGCAUCCUGUUUCAGCCAAGAGAAAGCCAUCCACGGAGGCGGAGAAGACCAUGCAGCAGCUGUGGUCCCAGGUGCUGAACAUCGAGCCCGCACACAUUAGGGCCGACGACAGUUUCUUCUGGCUUGGUGGAGACUCAAUCUCAGCCAUGCAGUUGUCCGCAAAAUGCCGGUCCCGAGGGUUCCCUAUCACUGUUUCGCAGAUUUUUCAACACAAGUCGCUUGCACGCCUGGCACGGUUUGCGGGAGAGACGGAUAAUAUCGUGAUGGACACCGAGGAGCAAUUUGACGUCUCUUUUGGCCUUUCGCCGAUACAACAAAUGUUUUUCGAGAAUGAACCAAAUGGGCAUAAUCAUUUCAACCAGAGCUUUUUACUCCGAGUGGCAAGGGAGGUCGCCUCCGAAGACGUUGUUCAUGCUGUGGACUCUAUUAUCUCACAGCAUUCAAUGCUGCGUGCGCGGUUCAGGCAGGCUGCUGAUGGCAGCUGGACCCAGUUUCUUACAUCCAGCAAGGAUGGCUGCUAUAGAUAUCGACAGUACCAAGCAAGCUCGUUGGAGGAAGCCACGCAUGGUAUGGCUGCGAGCCAAAUGUCAUUGAAUAUCCAGACUGGGCCUCUUUUUGCGGUGGAUUUGAUCAACACCUGUGAAGGGCAAUAUCUGUUCCUGGUAGCUCACCACUUGGUCAUUGAUCUUGUGUCGUGGCGAAUCAUCCUUGAUGAUUUGGAGGAGCUUUUGACAACCGGCAUUUCAUCCAACGUGCAUUCAUUGGCAUUUCAACCAUGGUGUCAGCUGCAGCAUGACUAUGCCAGGAACCACUUGGAUCCCGAAAGGGCUUUGCCAUUUGAUGUCCCGCCAAUGCCAGAUCUUUAUUGGGGGUCAGCGGUGGAACAAAAUACCUAUGCUGAUAUACACUGUAGCGACUUCAUGCUCAGCAAAGAGACAACAGAGCUUUUAUUUGGUCCUGCCAAUGACGCUUUCCAAACUCAGCCAGUGGAGAUUUUCCAGGCAGCUCUAAUCCAUUCCUUUAUGAAGACAUUCCACGACCGCCCUGCGCCCACGAUCUUCAACGAGGGACACGGGCGUGAACCUUGGGAUGACUCCAUUGAUCUCUCGAGGACCGUUGGAUGGUUCACGACUUUGUGGCCUACGCAUGUCACGGUGGAAAGCUCGCACGAUAUGGUUGAAUCCGUUCGUCGGACAAAAGACGCUCGCAGAAGUGUUCCCAGCAACGGGUGGGCAUACUUUGCCUCGCGGUAUCUCAACCCCAAAGCCAAGAAAUCAUUCAGCAGCCAUGGUCCCGUCGAGGUUCUGUUUAACUACCUAGGCCUCUAUCAACAACUUGACCGACGCGAUGCCUUCUUUAAUCAUGUGGGCAACUUUGACGGCAGACCAUCGGACAUGGCGGAAGACUUGAAGCGCUCAUCUUUGAUGGAGGUCACGGCUUCAGCUAAGAAUGGCUGUUUGCAAUUCACCUUUUCGUACAAUCGGUACAUGAAACACCAGGAUUUGAUCUCGAGCUGGAUUGCCAACUGUGAACGAUGCCUCGAGGAAGCUGCAAAACAGCUAGUUCAUUUACAACAAAGCUGGACGCUAUCUGACCUUCCGCUGCUGCCUCUGACAUACGAUAGCCUGGAGAUCUUCAUGUCACAAUCACUGCCACAGAUUGGCACCUCGCAAACAGAGGUUGAAGACGCUUACCCAUGUACGCCAAUGCAACAACUGAUGCUGCAGAGCCAGGCCGAGAUGACUGGGCUCUACGCACCCUCUUUGACUGGCCAAAUCAGGGCAGCAAAGGGCUCUCAGCCAAUCAACAUUGAGAAGCUCAAAACUUCCUGGCAAAAAUUGGUUAACCGCCAUGCUUCUCUCCGAACCAUAUUUCUGCACGGUCAUUUUGAAUGUCCGGACAACGAGGUCUUUGAAACUCUCAAUGCACUGCGGCCUAUUGAGCAUGCUGGGAGGAGCCCUCCCCAUCGACUCUCACUAUGCCAAAUGACCACAGGAUCGGUGAUUUUCAGGCUUGAUAUAAGCCAUGCAGUGAUUGAUGCCGUGUCACGUUCGAUCUUAUUCCACGAGUGGUCUCUCAUCUACACAGAUCAGUUGCCUGACCAAGUUGCUCCGUCCUAUUGCAACUAUGUUAGACACCUUCUCAACACAUCUGACUCGGCUACUCGCUACUGGGUUGAAUAUCUCCAAGAUUCCCAGCCAUGUCUUUUCCCCGUCUCUGCCACCCCAGGAAAUGAACGAGGAAGCCUGAAGAAUAUUGUCAUCAGCGUUGAUGACACACCCGAUCUACAUUCAAUCUGUCAGAAGCAUGGUUUUACCAUUCCAACGCUUGUUAAAUCGGUGUGGGCACUCAUGCUUUCUUCCUGGAUGGACAAGAGCUCGGUUUAUUUUGGGUAUCUGGAUUCUGGCCGGCACACACCAAUUCCUGAUAUACAGGAGACUGUUGGUGCUCUUCUCAAUAUACUAAUCUGUCGGGCUCGCCUGGAUGAACAUGCUUCUCUUAGUAACAUUCUAGAAACGAUGCAAGAGGACUAUUAUCAAUCACUCUCUCAUUCCUCUGGCACUUUACGAGCACUGAAGAUGCUUGGUUUAACUCCACCAUCGCAGCACAUCUUUAACACACUGAUUAAUUAUCGCAAAACCGGACUGAGUUCGACUCCCGAGCAAACCGGGCUUGUGUUUGAUUCUAUAUCCGCUGAGGAUAAAAUGGAGUUUGAUGCCGUUUUGCAAGUCGACGAAAUCGGUAAAGAACUAGGCUUGUCUAUCGAUUAUUGGGACGCUAGAAUUCCAGAGACCGUCGCACGACAGAUUGCCGGUUUAUUCAAGAUUAUCUGGACUCGAUUGUUGGAAGAUCCCAGCCAACAGGUUUUGGUUGUGCAACAAGCAAUGAGGACAAUGGUAUAA